CAUGCGCCUCCAGAGGCGCAAAAUAAUUUGGCCUCUGUACAUAAUGACGUCGAUAUCCCUGCUUAUCGCCGUGGCGAUGGAUGUAACGUGGUGCUGAGAUCCAGGCAGGGAUCAGCAGUGCCCCGCAUUCGAGCUGAGAUUCUCCCCUGACCCCUCACUCUCUUAUCUUCAAUCAUCCACGACAUUUUAUUCCCCCGACUAUAUCGAUACUAUCCAGUGGCGUAUACCAUUCGACUCACUCAGCAUUCUUGCCACUCCCUCAUCCAUAGGGUCAGCCCGCUACCACAAUUGAAUUACCCCCCGACCACCACCAAGAUGGUCGACAUAGCAGACGAAAUCUAUGCCUCCCGGCGCGAAAUCCUGCAAUCCCUCUUCGCCAACAAGAUCUCCGCCCCAGACGCCGCUGCACAACUCGCCUCAGCCACCCUCGCAGACGACACAACCCUCGAAGGCGCCCUCGGUCGCCUGUGGAACCUGAUCAUCGCUCUCGCCGCCGACUCACUAACUCACCACGAUAAACUCGUCGACGUCCUCGUCGACAUCUCCGAGCUCCCCGAUGAGAAAAAUCCACCAUCUACUGGCACUGGUCAAUCCGAGAACGAGCCCGAGUCGGAACCGGGAUCUUCACUGACCCUGCACGACAUGGUCGUCUGGCGCGACCUCCCAACACUUGGCUGGACGUUCCGCGACGAGUGGAACUUCAGCGUGAACCCCAACAGCAGCGCCGAGAAACGCGCGUACGCAAUCCGCCGGUGGAUAAACAUAAACCGCUUCGCGGCUCUGCUGAUGGCAACCGAAGAACCCGUGUUCGCAUCGUACUCCUGGUUCGCGCUCGUAACGCUACGGCAGGCACUCGAGACACCAAUCGACCAGAUGAGCGAGCAUGACCCGCUCGACGCGUGGGUCCCCGCUGCGGCGGCGUGGAUUGAGGUUCUGGGUGUGGAGAUCUAUGAGUGGGAGGAGGAGUUUCCGUCUGGGGGGAAUCGCGCGCCCGGGAAAGGCGGGCCGUUGUGGGAGGGGAAGCAUGGGUUUUGCAAGGGGCGGUGGGGGCUUUGGAGGGAGAGGUUUGGGGACAUGGCGAGGGGGGGAAGGGUUUCAGAGUCUGUAAGGAAGGUUGCGGGCGAUGCGGAGGUUAUGAUGAAGGAGAUUGAGGCUGGGGAUGUGGAGUGA